GUUUUCCUCUUGUCAGGUUACUGAGGAAGAUCUUAAGCUGUUGCAGGACAAUGAAAACAAAGCCAAACUCUGCACCAUUGGAGAAAAAGGAACCUUGAUCUGUUGCACUGAUAUUCGUUUGCGAUGCCUGGUUUAGGAUCAAAGAAGAAAGACUAUGUGUCCAAACCAGACAGACCUAUGGGUGACUUGCCCCAGCUGAGCAACGAAAUGCAGCUCAGCAUCAUGAACAGAGUAAAAAAUGGGGAGAUAUCCAUCGACGACGCUCUGAACCAGGCAAGAAAGGAAAGGGAGCAGCUUCUCCAUGAACAGCCUCAGAACAAUACAAACCAGCAAUACAACUUCAGUGUUCAUAAACAUGGCCGCUACAGGUGGCAGAAGCGGGUUCUACAGAUUGAUUUCAAGACAAAGAUGUUGUGCAGUAUAGAGAAAGGCAUCAUCAAACGCCAGCUGCCUUUCAUGAUUGUCAAGAGCUGUGAUGAUGGAGUUGGUUCUAGGUUCUCCAUUUCUUUUAAAGAACACCAUGACUAUGAGCUGGAGGCUACAUCACUGGAGGACAAACAUAAGAUGAUGCAGCUUGUGAAUCAGAUCAUUCAUGGAAACAUAUACAGCGGCUCUGAAGAUGAGAGUUCAGAAUCACAGCAGGAGCCUCAAGCAUUGCAGAGCCUGAAAACAGGUGUAUUGUUAUUGCACAGAGGAGGACUGGCAUCUUUCAAAUGGGUGAAAUACACAGCUCAGCUGCACCCAGGGGAGCUAACACUGCUUCCAGUCAGGCAGCAAAGCAACAUAGAUGGUGACGUGACAUCCUCGGUUCCUCUUUCCAUUGUAAUUCAUUUAUCAGACGGUCACACCAGCGUACAGAAACCGUAUGGCCCUGACACCUUUGUUCUCAACACCCACAAAAAUGAGUACCAGUUUAGAGUCCCUGCCUCGGAGGAAGCAGGUUCUUCUAGCACUGUGCGUGAGCGGGAUGCCUGGGUCAAAGCCAUCCAUAAACUGUGUUCACAUUGGAAGAGGAAGUCCAGGUCUGAAAACAUGUUUGUGGAGUCCAAGACAUUACAGCAAAUCAGCAUACCGGAAGAUGUGGAUGACGACGACUCAGAUCUAGAAACGAGUGACCAUGAAAAUUCAGAUCCCGCAUCCAAAGGGAAAGACAUCUCGUUAUCAGGGGAAGCAGGUCACAGUUCUCCCUCGGCUGAAACAAAGCCGGUCCCCAAACCUCGCAUUGGAAAGAGUGCUGUUCAAGUUACUGCCGGAUCAGAUCAUUUGAGUCCCAUUCCGUCUCCAACCUCUCCCUGUGCCUCUGUCCCAAACUUACCCUCCUCUCCUCCACCCUCACCCUGCCAUGUUGGGGUCACUUCCUUAUCGUCCGGUCCGGAGUCUCAAAAACCCCCCUCCCCUGUUGUGAAAAAACCUCCACCCUCAGUAAUACCGGCUCCACCACCUCUGCCUGUCAGAAUAAGGAAAACCUUUAAAAAAUCCCGGACAAAGGCUUUCCACUGGGACCUCAUCGGCUCUGAGAAGAUUGCGAAAACAUUUUGGGUUCAGGAAAAGAGCAGAGGGCCUGAAAUCGACACAUCGCGUUUGUACGAUCAGUUCGCAGUGAAGGAUCUGGGAACAUUUGAUACGUCUGACUCCAGUAGUUCUCAGCACAUAUUGCUCAACCAGAAGAUUGCACACAACUUCAACAUUUUCCUCAAAAGUUUCCCAGUGCAACCAGAGGAGCUGAAGGACAAACUGUUUAUUAUUAACGAGGAAGAAGGAGGCCUGUCUGAUGAGCACAUCACCUCUCUAAGAAGGUACGUCCCUACCCAAGAUGAUGUGGAAAUGUAUAAAUCCCACAAGGGGCCAGUGUCAGAGCUGCAUAUUGUGGAUCAGUAUAUGAUGGAGAUGUGUAACAUCCCCUACCUGAGCACACAACUCGACCUGCUUUUGACUUUGAGAGAGCUCCCGAUCAGCAUGAACGACCUGCAGCCUCUGAUUAACCAGAAGAUCAGGAUGUGCCAACAGCUGUACAACUGCAGGUCAUUUGUCUCCGUGCUGGAGUACCUCCUCGCUAUCGGCAAUUACCUGAAUGAGAACGCUGGAAAGGAAAAGGCCAAGGGAUUCCGCCUCUCGUCUUUAACCAAACUUUCUCAGCUGCGUGGGAAGGACAGGAAUUUCACCUUGCUCCAUGCCCUUCUAGAGCAGAUCAUGUUGCAGGAACCAGGCUUGGCCACUUUUACCCAGGACAUGGCGGAAUUUGAAACUGUCCCUGGAGCUUCCAUCAAAGGCUUGACGGCAGAAGUAGACGGUGAGUAGAUGGCUUUUUUACUACUUGUCCAGAAACUAUUGCUCAGUAUGCUUACAGCAGGGGUGCCCAACCUUUUUUAAACCAAGAUCUGCUUUUGAAGUUGAUGGCAUGCCGAGAUCUACCAAGCCAAACACAAAGGAUGGGCAGUAUUUGUUUUUCAUUUGCACAGGUGGAGAAUAAACAGUAAGUCCAACAAACGAGGAAAUUAUCAAUUGUGUCAAAAAAUAGGUUGCAAAAACAGAGCUUAACACUCUUAU